CCCGCCCGCCCUCCCCGCCGCUUGGACGGUGGCCGGAGUCCUCCUUGGUUCGCUUGUGUCCCCGCUCCAGAUGCUGAGAGCGGAAGCCGUUACCACGUGCCUUUCUCCCUCCGUGCGCGACCUGGUUUGUGAAGUGGGGUCCGAAGUCGGAGGAAAUUGCGAUAUCCACACCAUCGUCACGCCCCAGGGCGAGGUGCUCUGGGAAGCGGUGACGGGCUGCGUGAGCUGUGCGGAGCCAGGGCAAGAUCUUGAUUACUGGGGAAGUGUGCGGCUGCUGGGCCCUGUGUGUGAGGCUGUCCAUCUACAUUUCUUAACCCUGACCAAAGAGCAGUUUGAAAUUCAAUAUAUACCAUGGUUCCAGUGGACACAUUUUCCAGAGUUGUUUCCUGAAAUAUUUGAUGCUUUGGAAAGCCUGCCCUCUCCCACUGUGUGUCUCAGUGUAAUGAAGUUAGCCUCAUGUCUCGAGCGAGCCUUGGGAGAUGUAUUUUUGCUGAUUGGGAAGAAGUGUCCAUUUCUUUUAAGAGAUCUCUUGGCAUCUGAGGAACUUGCUCAAGUCUUUGGGCAUUCUGUGAUGGAUGUACUGAAAGUCUUCAUUGGUUCUCCCCAUGGACUCAACCUGAGAAAUAUCUUAUGGCAUGGGUUUGCCUCACCUCAAGAAAUCCCUCCCAAAUACUGUUCAAUGCUACUCCUGCUGAUAGCAGGACUGGGUCAGCUACUGAAAGAUUUCCUUCAACAGACUGAAGUCACAUUAGCACAUCGACCCUUUGUAACCCUUACAAAUUUAGAGGAUUUGAUUGUUUUUCCCGGUGUUACUUGUGAGAUACUUUCAGUAUUAGAAGAAGUGAUGACAAAAUCUACCUUUAUAUUAAAAAUCAUGUUACCAUAUUGGGAAGUGGCACUGGCCAAGUUCAGAUCACACAGGUUUGCCGAUUGUGCCAUACUGUUGUUAACACAGCUAGAAAUGGGACUUAGGAGAGUUUUUGCUGCAGUUAACCAGUGUCCAGACAGACUCCUGACUGCAGAGUCAAGAACUCUGUAUACCACCUUUGAUGAAAUAUUGGCAAAGCAUUUGAGGGAUGGUAGAGUGAACCAACUUCCUCUUUUCCUUGGAGAACCUGCUAUGGAAUUUCUCUGGGAUUUCCUGAACCAUCAGGAGGGCCCCCGUUUACGAGACCGUUUAAGCCAUGGAGAGAUAAACAUACGUGAGUUUCCAGAAGCAGCAGCAAGCCAGCUCCUUGCAUUUGCUCUUGUGCUCUCCCUCAGAUUCACUGAGGAAGAUGUGCUGUCAAUGUUUAAGGAGGAAGCAGUGGUAAUAUCAUUGAUGCGACUCGCAGAGGGCUAUAGUUCCCGCUGCCAUCCCAUUUUUCAGCUUAAAAAGCAGGUGCUGAGCUGUGAGGAAAACAUCAGGGUUUGGCCUUUGCUGUCUUUACCAGAAGAACUUGGUCUGGAAGCCACCAGAUUGGAAAGUGACUCUGAAACGUGUGCCUGCUACUCUUUAAUUACAAAGAUUGUAUGUGAGCUGUGUCACCACAUGCCUGCACAUCUCUGUGCUGUCAGGGACACAGAUGGUCCUCCCACCUCAACGUGGCCCCAGGUGCUCCGUGGACUCUGCUGCAUACGCAUUCCCACGCUGUUCUGCCCCAGAGUCGUCCUGGAAGUGCUGGCAGUGCUCCGCAGCAUCAGUUCCCAGUGCCAGCGCCUGUCUCGCCAGGUGGAGGCCUCCUUGCAGCUGAGGCACAGGCAGUGGGCGGAGCGGAGCCUGCGCUCCAGGCAGCGGCAGAACUACCUGCACAUGCUCACCAGUACUAGGCUUCUGUCUCCUGUGCUGUACCUGAUUUUGUUGUUCCUUCUGUUGGAAUUGGUCAGCAUUCAUGUCGUCUGUGGUAAAGAUGCUCGUGAAUAUCAGAAAUACCUAAAGUUUUUAAAGUCAGUCUUGCAGUAUGCUGAGAACCUUGUGGUCUACACCAGCCAAGAGAAGAACAAAUGGAAUGAAACUGUCAUUCUUACACAUGCAGCUUUGUUGAAAAUUUGGACUUUUUGUGAGACAAAACAAAUGUUAAUACAUUUAGCCAGGAGAGAGUCCCCAGUGCAACAGCCGUGUGAAAAGACUUGUAAGUCAACUAUGGCCAAAAAACCCUAAGCUGAAAUAGUUGUGAACAACAAGUAUGUUAACAUUGAACAGUGGGAGUGGAUUUCAGGGUCUGAUUGAUCCAGGUUCACGUGGUGCUUUCUGUAUUUGACUUGCCUGUAGGGUUACCCUGAGGCUGAACUCUGGCAGCCAUCAGCUGCAGUAGGUUUCGUUCUGUCUUCUCAUGACAGACCCUGAGGAGUGGCCAACACCUGUCCUUGACAGUGAUCCCUGAUCUGUGUCCGCAUGAGCGGACUGGUGUGGGCGGGUCAUAGCCCAUCCCCACGAGUAGACCAAGGUUGGUGUGUCCACUUCUGGUAGUUGAGCACUGGUGGGCCGCUUCUGAAGGUUGCGUGGGUCGUGAGGCUUAGAUUUAGUGAUUUCCAGGUUUGAUCCAACCCUGAGUGUUGGAGGAGAGGAGGUCAAUGCUCCCAGCUCAGCUUGAGCCAGCCACCAGCUCCCAGGGUCCCUUCCCAGCUGCUUCCACCUUAGUGAAUCUGGGAGGUCCUUUUAUCUGGACCAGAUGCUCCUUCGAGACAGUGUAUGCCCUAGCUGGCGGCAGCAGCUGGGCUCCCAGGAGGCUGUGCUAGCCUGACUGCCUGCACACAUUCAGCAUGCUGGUCCCACCACCGUGCAGACCUUGGCCGGGUGCAGCUGUAGCCCUAGUGCCCUACAUUCUGUAGGUAUCCC